AUCAUAUCAAUCAGUACAGUGUAACCUAGUAGACUUUAUAAAUAAAAUAAAAUGUACUGUUCUUAUACAUUAGAAAAGAAGUAAUUUUAUCAAGCGAUUUCUACAAGAUGACAGCAUUUGCAUGGGGAUUAGGCAAAUCAGGACAACUUGGAAAUGGAAAACAAGAAAAGUGCAUCCUUCCUCAAGAAAUGAUUUGGAAAUGUGGAAAUAAAAAACACAAAAUUGUUGAAGUAGAAUGUGGGGCUUUGUACACCUGUGUGUUGACAUCAAAGGGGGAGCUUUAUAGCACAGGGUGUGGCAAAUAUGGGAGGCUGGGCACAGGGCAAGAGAAUGAUGUUGCAACUCUGACUCGUGUUCCUGUAGAUGGAAUAGUUGUAAAGUUUUCCUGUGGGAUAUGGCAUGGUUGUGCUGUGACUGAUAAAGGGAAACUAUGGGGAUGGGGAAACAACAAAAAACAAAUACUAGGAGCACCCACUCAGUAUUCCACCUUGACCUCAGGACCAAUACCAAUAGAUAUCCCUGGUAAAGUGAUUGGUGUAUCAUGCGGAAACAAUUUCACAUUAGUGUGGACUGAAAAUGGAUCACUCUAUAGUUGGGGCUCAGGACGUCAUGGUGUACUAGGUCAUGGGGAUUUUCGUGAUAAAAUAACCCCUACAAAAGUUGAAGAACUCAAAGAUAUUAAGGUUGUUUCCGGCAAUGCUGGAUUUGCGCAUUGCGGAGUUGUAACAGAUUGUGGUGAUGUAUACAUGUUUGGAAAAGGCUUUGAUGGAGAAUUAGGUCUAGGGUCAAAUUUUUUAAAAGAUGUUGCAGUACCAACCAAAGUGCCAUCUUUAGGUGGAAUAAAGGAGUUAAGCUGCAAUGUGGGCGAGAACCAUGGUCAUACACUUGCCAUAUCUCUACAAGGGGAUGUGUACACAUGGGGUGAUGGUUACAAAGGGAAGCUUGGUACAGGAAACCAGGACUCGUAUAACACACCACAGAAAAUUCCACGUGACAAUUUUUCUGGGGAUGAGAUAAUGCAUGUGUCUGCUGGUGGGAUACACAGUGCAGCAGUGAGCAAAGAGGGGAGAGUAUUCACAUGGGGGUGUGGGAGUGAUGGGAGACUCGGCCAUCCUGAGGCUGAGGGGCAUAGAUAUCUGUUUAGAUCUGACAUACCAAGAGUUGUGGAUAUUAUACAAGAUAAGGGAAAGGCACUGGGUGUAACAUGCUCAUAUUAUCACACCGCAUGUGUAAUCGAGUGAAUCAUGAUUUGAGAAUUCUGUUUUUAGGGAUGAACAAAUUUUGUCAGUUGUGGAAAAAGAAGCUUAAUCUUAUUAUGAUUUACCCUUCAUUUUUGUUUUCCCAUGAAAUUUCAAAAUGUUGAUUUGCCUUUCACUUGGAAUUUUGAAAAAAUCUGCUUUCUAUGAUAAUGAAAUUAACUUUGCUAUUCCCCAACCCUGUUAGCAUUUGGAUUGUGCCUCUUUAACACAAAACAGUCUUGAGACAAUAACAUGUUUACAAUUUAUUAAUUGACCUAAAGACAUGAAAUCUUGCAACCCCUGCAAUUUACAUUUUUAUUUAAUUGGUUUCUAAUAAACUAGAUAACGAUUGUAAUUUAGCACUGUUCAUCUUCAAGGCAUCAUGCAUUUAAAUUAAAAUCGACACGAUUUGGAUGGACCUUGCAAUAAAUAAUUUGACGAAUAACAUUAAUAAGUCAAAUAUAAACAAGCAAUCUAUCAAACUUUUUCUUUUCCUUUUUCUGUUUGAAUUGCAUAUGACACAUUGAAAUGCCAAAUGUCAGGUAAUGGGGUUCUACCAGGAUUAAAUACUUUAGGUACACUUAAUU